AUGAGUUCUGUCCCUGCACUUAAUCUUAAUCAUUUCAUUUGUACUUUGGGAGAAGCGAAAAGCAGAAAACUAACUCCAGUUAAUGAAUACGACACGGUCAACGGAUUCUUCGAUUACCACGCUGAGCAUAAUGGAGAAGAAUUAGCUAUAGCAAUUCCUGAAAAGUGCUCCGAACAACACUUUGACAAUGCGAGUACCUCGAAUGCCUACACUGAUCAUGUUAAAACUUUCAACGGUAACGGAUCGAGAGGAAUCUCAAUUGGAGAACUAUCAUCCGCAAGAGGAUCAGAGGAUUCGACAAGAUGGAAUGUUCAAUUUUAUAGCUUUCGAGAACUACGAGCUCAUUCAUUGAAGCUCGCCAGGAUUUUAUAUCGUCCCGAGAGAUACAUAUUUGAGAAUCGAGCUACAGAACAUCAGAAGUGUAUUGGCCUCGUGGGUAGGAGUGAUCAGGGUUUCCUCCUCAUGUGGCUGGCGUUAAUGAGAUUGGGAGUCUCUGUUUUAAUCAUCAUGCCAUCAUGUACCUCGGAAGCUGUCCAGCAUCUUUGCAAACAAUGUAACGUCAAUAUCGUGUUUUACGACUCUACCCUUCUAGAACAUCAUGCAGAAGCUUCGAGACUCAGGAAAGCAUCCAAUCCUUCAUUUACAAUGCGACAAUAUACAGGGAGAGAUAUAGUGAAACAACUCAAACGCCCUGAGAGAACCCAUCUUACGGCCCCACGUAUGGUCACAGCUAAUGACAUAGCUUACUUUCACCAUACUUCUGGCACUUCAGGCCUUCCCAAACCUAUCCCCUACUCUCACCAUGCUGCAUGCGGAAUAUUGCCAAUCUUGCAUGGCCGAAAUACAAUGACUUUUACCACAACACCUCUUUUCACUGGUGGUAUUGCGGACUGUUUUCGUGCCUGGACUAGUUUAUCAACAAUCUGCCUUGCUCCUGACGAUGGUCAGUCACUUACCUCUGAGUUGAUUAUUAAAUAUUUUUCGCAAGCACAACACGGCUACAAAAUACUCACACCUGGAUUAUCAGACCCAUUACGAAAAUCGAUGUACUUUUCUUGCGUUCCAAUGAUAGCUCAGAUGCUCUCUCAAACCGCAAGAGGACUUGCAUUUCUUCGCACGAUGGAUAUUGUGGGUGUAGGUGGAGCUACUUUGCCAAAACAAACCGGAGACUUUCUCGUCUCGAUGGGAGUCAACCUUGUUUCUCGUCUCGGCAGCGCAGAGUGUUCAUUUGUUCUUUCCUCUCACCGUAAUUACGAUCAGGACAAAGAUUGGGAAUAUCUCAGGGUACCAAAUGGUGUUCCUUAUCUCAAAUUCGAGCCACUCGAUGAUGAUUCUGGUAGAUUCGAAUUGGUAAUAAGAAAUGGCUGGCCACAGAUGGCAAAGAGAAAUCGAGACGAUGGGAGCUGGGCAACGAAUGAUUUGUUUGAGCCACAUCCUUCAAUCAAGAAUGCAUGGAAAAUUGUGAGUAGAAGGGAUGCUCAAAUCACUCUUUUGACUGGGAAGAAAUUCGAUCCUAUUUUCAUUGAAGAGGCAAUCAAGAGAUUUCCCCUCGUAAAAGAUGCAUUCAUUUUUGGAAAUAGACAGGUAUACCCUGGAAUAAUAAUUUUCAAGUCGGAGACUGCUGCCUUUACGGACGACGAAUCCUUCAGGGAUAUGAUUUGGCCUUAUGUUGAAGACUUAAACAACAAAAUACCAAGUCACGCCAAAUUGUUCAAAGACAUGUUGGUGAUAAAGACGGACACCCACUUGUUGGCAAAAACCGAAAAAGGAACCACCAAAAGGGGGUGGGCCGAAAUAUACUAUGAUGCCGAUAUCAAAGAUGCUUACAAAAACAAGGCGAUAGUAUUCAACGGUGAAGUCUCAUUGGAAACGGUAAUGGACAUUGUCAAAAAAGCCAUUGGCACUCCAACAGAACUGCAAUACGAUUCGGACUUCCGGGUUCACCAUAUUGAUUCUGUCCAGGCGACACGUAUCCGAUCGCAUCUCACUUCGGCAUUCUCUAGCGCAUCCAAGACCAAAUCUUUCCCAUGGAAUUUAGUGUACCAAUGCGGAAGUGUCAGAGCACUUACCGAAUACAUCAAAGCUUCUCAGGAUGAAUCCAUCCAUCGUGAUGAUGAGGAUGAGAGUGAAGCGCAACGGAUGAUUAGCAUUGUCAAACAUUAUGGCAACUCUUUGAUGGACGACACGACGGAAGCAUGUACGAAAUUUGACGGGACUCUCGAAGAAACCAUAAUCAUAACAGGAGUCACUGGUACCCUUGGUGUAAACAUCGUCAGCGUGUUGCAAUCUUUACUUGCAAGUCGCAACGCACUUCGGAUUGUUUGCUUCGUUCGAGCCAAGAAUGACAAAGAGGCGCACGGGAGAGUAGAAGAAGCGCUGCGCUAUCAUGGUCUUUACCAUCAAGAAACUGCCGCAAAACUUGAAUGCAGAGCAGUGAAACUGGAUCAAACUGAAUUGGGCCUAUUAAGAGAUGUAUUGCUUGAUCUUCGCCAAUAUGCAACCACAAUCAUUCAUGCAGCCUGGGAAGUUAACUUCUCCAUUCCGUUGAAAGACUUCACGGAGCAAUUUCAAGGACUUCGCAACCUAAUCAAUUUCUCUCUGUCUGGGAAAAGCCCAAAACACCUGGUCUUCUGUUCAUCUACCGCGAGCUUGGCUAAAGCUGACAUCGAUACAACCAUGGCGAAAACUAUUGCAGAAAGUGUAAACCGCAACCCCUUACUUGCUGGUCCUUUGGGCUACUCGAAGAGUAAGUGGGUUGCCGAGGUGAUCUGCUCUUUAGCAUGUCAAAAAACAAGAGCGAAUAUUAGUAUCUUGAGGAUUGGUCAAUUAUCGGGCAACACUAUCAAUGGAACUUGGAAUAUGAAAGAAGCUUGGCCACUAAUGUUGAGUACCGGGGCCCCUGGAUGUUUAGAUUCCCUUCCAAAACUCGAUGUGCCACUUUCCUGGCUUCCAGUUGAUAUAGCAGCUUCAGGCGUUAUUGAUGUUGCACUGCGCAAGACUUGUGAAAGGCCUUUACUACCUCCGCCAGCGGAAAAUGAAGCGGUUGUUUUCCAUCUAGUCAAUAACUCUACGAAGGUGACAUGGGAGCACUUGUUGAAAUGGAUUGGUCACGAAAAGAAAACAGAGGAAUUUGGAAAUUGGCUGCAACGUGCCGAGUUACCCGGUACCAAAGGAGGAUUGAGAGACGAACAUCCAGCAAGAUCGUUACUUGGCUUUUGGAAAGAUAUGGACGGAAAUAACAAGAAUGAUUCUUCGGCCGAGCCAUCGUUUGGUCUUUUUAGAACAAGACAGGUUUCCCCGGUCAUGAGAGCUUUUACUGACGUUGAUGCCCACUAUGUGAGGAAGAUUUGGCUUUGGGUUCAGACUGUGGUACAGAGAUGGGAGGACGAAGAAAAGGGUAAACAAAAGAAGCAAUCUGAAGAUGAGGGCAUCAGUGGUGUUACAAGCGAAUAG